GUGUGUCUGCUGACUUGUGCUGAGUAAUCACUGGGGUCCAUAUAAAAUAAAGACAAUCAAACACUUACUAAAAUUUAAUAUCAACUGUGCUUCGCUACAAGUUGCAAUGCCAUUUUUCAAGACUCUCAGAGAUGGGGAGCGGGCUCUCCUAAUCAACAGACAGGGUGCUGGCAGUCUGGCCGAUGGUCCCCAGCGUGUGUUUGUGGUGGGCAAGUCGUUUGAGCGACUUCAGCGUCUCUCAGCUGACCAGAAGGAGUACAUCAGAGUGCAGUAUAGAAACGGGAACAUUGAGCAUCUACCAGGGCCUGCCUCAUUGUUCCUGGACCCUCUCCGUAUGGACUCAGCUAACGUACAGAAUGCAAUCUCAUUGGACGCCAAUGAGGUGCUGGUGGUGUACCAGCGUGAGAGGGAGAGUGGAGGAGUCCUGCGGAGGAUCCAGUACGGACCCACAGUGUUCACUCCGAGUGCUGAUGAAUGGAUCCACAAGUUUGAGUGGCAUGGUACUGACCCCAACAACAAGACGAGGAAGAUCCCUGGACAGCUCAAGUUCACCAAGCUCAGAGUCAUCCCAGACCAGUUCUACCUCAACAUAGAUGAUGUACGUACUAAAGACGAUGCCCUCAUCACUGUGAAGCUGAUGGUAUUCUUUGAGCUGACAGAGAUUGAGAAGAUGCUCAACCAGACAGCUGACCCUGUUGCAGACUUCAUCAAUGCCGUGCAAGCUGAUGUGGUUGCAUUCGCUUCUCAGCUUAGCUAUGAAGAGUUUAUGGAGAACUCUAGCAAGCUUAACUCAGUUGAACACUACUCCCAACUCAUGUCUCUGAGCAAGAGGAUUGGCUACGAGAUUUCCAAAGUGAUUUUCCGUGGUUACCACACCAGUGAUCAGCUGCAGAGGCUCCAUGACCAGUCUGUCGAGAAGCGGUCGGCACUGAAGGUGCAGAUGGAGUCUGAACAACAAAGUCAAGACCUCACUGAUUCCAAACUACUCAACGAACAACAACGACAGAUUAUGCAACAAUCCCUCACUGUGGAUAAGCUCAAACACAAGCACACUUUAGAGAAGGAGCAGCUGGUCCACCACAUACGUUUGGAUGUCAAAGAUCACGAAGAACAACUCGAAAGGGACAAGGCAAAGAAAAUGACAGAACUGCAGUCCAAGAAGAAGCUCCAAGACGAGCAGCUUGCCCAUCUGCGUCAGCUCAAUGAGUUGGGAGUGGACCUGACGACCUACCUGGUCAGCCAGCAUCCCAAACCAGACAAUGUGCUCCGAGUGAUCACUAAAGGCUCAGGCAGCACUGUACACAUCCACCCAUGAAUUAAGAGAGGAACUUCAAACUGAAAUCUAGUAGUAGAAGAGAUUGUUUUUUACACUUCAUGUUUAUGUUGAACUCUAUAUAAAUAGUAUAUCAAUUUUACAUCAAUGAAAUUUUGACAUGAAAUUAA